UCUGCCUGCUCCGCAUGUCACCCUGCCUCUCCCCUCCUCUCUCAUCCCGUGGCUCUGCCACUCCGUGUGGCGUCCCUCCCCCUACCUCCCCCCCCAUGGCUCUCCCUGCUCCGCGUGUCUCCCCCCCCCCUCUCUCUCCCCGUGACUCUCCAGGCACACGUGUAGCGGGCACACGUGCGCGCUGCGUGCGUGCGUGCGAGGCCGUCGCGUGACCCCGCAAGCCGCGUGUCCUCGGCACCAAUCAGUCCCCGGCAGACGAGGCCUUAUCUCGCCCCCGCAUCUCCCCUCCUGCCGCACACACGCACGGGCUCCGACUCCCUGAGCAUCUCUCUCUCUCUGAGUGCGUGUGUGGGGUAACACUGCGAACGGCUUCUAAGUGCUGCUGCUGCUGCCGCUGCUGCUGAUAUAAAGUAGGAGUGGAGUGUCUUACAGUGUCUUGAGAUCUAAGUUCAAUUCGGCGGGUUCAUUUUAUUAUUGUCAUUCGUGUAAUAUAUCACAGUCCAUGCAGCGUCUCUAGGUUUGACGCUAUAGCGCGUAUUUGAUCAAUACUCAACGUUAUUCUCACGUUCAACCGGAUUUGUAUUGGUAACAAUGUAUAUACUAGCCAGGCUCGACUUCUGCUUAGCUUCCAGAGAUAAUCAGUAAGAAACUAACAACUGAUUAUAUGUAAUAUCGUGUGACAGCAAGACACUGGCUCAGGCUAUAGCACGUAGUUUACAUCACACUAAUAGCCUCACCUACAGCUUCUGUAUUAUAGGAUUCUAUCCAUAGUAUCUGUCGUAUCCACGUUGUGCAUCUGCCACUACCACGCGACUAAGGUAGCAGUGGAUAGAGUCUGGCUUGUGUUGGCUGCCUUAGAAGGGGGAGGUGGCAGAGAGAGGAAGGAGGAGGAGGGGAGUUCAAUAGCUGCGCAUAUCAAGUCGGUGUAGUGUAGACACACAGAGGCAGACACGCACAGUCAGUGCUCAGCCGGUGUGGGAGCACACACGUCCAUCCUACAGAGACAAAGAUCCCCCUUAUAGCCCUCAAAAGACUUGGGACAAGUGCUGUCAACACACGCAUACAUCAACUCACGCUCGCACAACCAGGAUCCCUCCCCGGCAUAGCCUCACACGCGCACACACGCAGGCAGUGAGACGCAGUCGCUGUGUGCGUGCGGGUCUACACUUCGCACACACACAAGUCACGCGCUCGGCUCUCCUCCUGCCGCCUGCCUGCGAUGGACCGCUGCCUGCUGAACAUUCAGCCCAACCUGUGCUCUGCCAUGGAGGACUACGAGCUCGAGAACAGGGACUUCUCUGGGUUGCAUUACUCAGGCCUCAUCGUCGGCCAAGCUCGGCGGGGGUUGAGAAGAGGAUCAGAAGACCUGCAGGACCUCUACAAGCUGCCGCACCGCCUCAUCGAGAAGAAGCGGCGCGACCGCAUCAACGAGUGCAUCUCCCAGCUCAAGGAGCUCCUCCCCGACCACCUGAAGCAGACGACCCUGGGCCACCUGGAGAAGGCGGUGGUGCUGGAGCUCACGCUCAAGUACAUGCAGGAGCUGCACGCGCUCGCCGAGCAGCAGCGCCAGCGCAUCCACUCCCUGCAGCACGGAGCCGGCGCCGGCCCCACCGCGUCUGCCGUGAACAAGCAGGCGAGCGGCGUGGAGCAGGGCGACUCGUUCAAGCAGGGCAACUCGUUCAAGCUGGGCUUCCACGCCUGCAUGAAGCAGACGCUGAGCUACCUGCAGCAGCACGAGCGGUGCGGCGCGCGCGACGACCGCUACUCCCGCCUGCUGCAGCACCUCCAGAGCAAGGCGAGCUCGCUUGGCCUGGCCGCCUCUUCCGGCGACGUCAAAGACGAGGACGUGGGCAACUGCGUCUCCGUCAUCCAGCGCAACCGCUCGGCCGAGGACCUCGACGGCGACGGCACCGAGCCGAAGCGGCGGGAGGGCGGCGCGAGGCGCCCCAAAGCCAUCGACGCCGACACCGCCGCCGCCGCCGGCGACGACGAGACGGACGAACCGCAGAGGAAGAAAAUCAAGGUGGAGCCGGGCGAGCAGCAGCCACCGCCGCCGCCACGAUCCGCCGGCGCAGCGCCGCAGGUGCCGCCCUUCUGCGUGCCGCUCUACUUCUUCCCGUCGCCGUCGGGAGAGGCGGCCUCGGUCGCCGCGGCCUACCUGCCGAUGCUGGAUCCCUCGGCGCUCGCCGGCAAGAAGGGCUGGUACCCGGGGCCCAUGCCGUUCUUCUGCCCCGGUUUCUCCGUGCCGACGACGGUGCCGCCGCAGGGCACCGCCGCAGAUUGCUUCGGGCCCCUCACGCCCACGAGCCGGGGAGACGAGACGCCCGACAAUAAGUCAGACUGGCUCGGCAGCCGUUCGGCCUCGCCAGAUUCGGAGGACAACUCGAUCGAGUAGUGCCGCAGCACCGCUGGUUCUUAGGACUCGUGGUGACAGCGGUGGCGGUGUCGUCCAAGGAGAA